CCCGGAGCUCGGGCAGACCGGUGCUGCAACGGGUUUAAAAAGCGAGCCGAGUCCUAGGCGACCGAGCAUUAUGGUGCGAUAUAGCAAACACGCUGCAGUAGCUACGCGAGUGGGCUUUGCGUGACUGCGCAUCGGAGUCACAGGGCAUGGGUCGCACAGCGGUCGUAAGGCGGCACGUUGGAACAAACGAAACCUCCCUCGGAUGCCGGACUGGGCUGUCGCCACGAGCCCGCCACAGCGCAGCGACCGCGGCGGCCCAUGGCUUCCUUCGGUUCUUGCUUACCGGCUCAACAUGUGGCGUUAUGUGGUGCAAAGGGGUUGAAGCGGGCCCACUUUGAGGGGCUGCCAGGCACCCAGCGUCGCUGGCUGUCAGGCAUCCGCCGUCAAUGCACCUUGUCACUAGGUGCUCAAGAACGCACUUCCCCGGCAGCCAUCACCAGGCCAUCACUCUUUUCUCCAUCAUCAACAUCAACCCCGAUCUGCUUCACGGGUGCACAAGCCAGCACCGAGGAGGACUGGGAUACAGAUACCAAGGAUCUCUUGCAAGAGCUCUGUGAAGGCGUUAUCCACUACAUCUUGUCGCUCGACGAGCGCUUCCGCUUCGAGCACAAAGUCGUCUUCGCCGCAGUCAACAUUGCUCUCCGUGCCAUCCUCAAACCUGAAAAAUGGGCCAUUUUUGAGCCGACCAGGGAGGUGCUCUACGCGAAGGUCGGCAGCGCAUGUCUUGACAUGGCACUCGGCCUCACUGCAGUCCACAGAGCCAUCGUUGAGGCGAUGCUGGAGACCGCAGUCAUGGAUACAGAUCGCCAGCUCUCCAUGGACAGCAUUCUCAGCACACGGGCGAGCAUCCUGCACCGCAUUGGCCACUGCGUCAACGGCUCAACCCCAAUCCACUUCCUCGACUUUGUGUAUCCUCCCGAUUCGCGCACCCCCUUGGAGCAAUACAUACGCUUCGAAGUCCUGCGUGUCCUCCGGGCUGCACUGGUGGAGCCGUCUUUCUUCUCUUGCUCUGCGAGCCAGAUGGUGGCUGCGGCAGUCUCUGCAACGUGGCGUCGUCGGUUCGGAAUCCCCUGGGCGGAGCCGCUCGAUUCCCUUCCUGGUCACCAUUACGAAGAAAUCAAGUGGAUAGCGGACCUUCUGUAAUGUCGCAAGUGAGUUGCGGGGUGCGGUGAUUCCCGGCUCAUACUCUCUACAAGAAUGUCUUAUGUGUAUGGGAAGGACGUUCGUAAAACAAUGUCAAGGGUACCCAUAGAUUUCUUGCCCUACGGAACCUCCUCGCCGCGGUCUGGGAAGGUGAGACAUAGUGUCUGGCAGUGUAGGUGCGGGCCAUUCGUAGGCGAAUCGACAUUUGUAUAUACAUAAAGCUGGUCAAUGUAUCUCUCGUUUAGUUACACUUCCUGUCAAGAAUUUGCCCG